CCUUCUCUAACUUGGUUGCCUUUGUAGCAGGAACCGGACUCCUCUACCUACUCACGUGGUCUCUCUUUGACGUCACAACUGGCCUGGGGUGGCAGUUAUCAUCAAUCAUAAUUAUUUUUUUCUUUUCCACAUUGGGAGGCAAAUUGGCCAGUCUGGGAGGAUUGCCUUCACUAACAGGUCCCCAUGUGCUGAGACAGCAGGGAUGCUCCUAGUCGGGUUCAUCUUUGGAAACGUGAAUGGAAUAAAACUAAUUUACCAACUCGACUCUAAACUAGCCUCUGCACUACGGUGAGCACAGUUUGUCCAUUCUAGAACUCUGGCCUUCACGUUUGUGCUCACUCUCGCAGGAAUGGGACUCGACAUACAAAAAGUGAGACAAAUGGCUCUGUCUGUCCUCCUUCUUUCCGUGAGUCCUUGUCUGGUGGAGGGAACCACCGUGAUGUUGAUGACUCACUUCAUUUUUGGACUGCCCUGGCUGUGGGCAUUGAUGAUGGGGUUGUCUCCCUUCUUAUACCAGUUUUAUGGUGGCCAACGUCUCCUUGGGGGUGCUCGUCCCCGGACUUGUCGCCCUGGAAGAAGAAGGGUACGGUGGGUGGAAGGGGAUCCCCUCCUUCCUCGUGGGGACUGCCACUGUCGACAACAUAAUCGGCAUCACUCUCUUCAACGUGUUUUUCUCCACAGUGUUCUCCACUGGUGGUUCCCUAAUCCCUCAUCCUAGGAAGUACAAGUCUAGUCGUUCUGAGUGGGCCUAUCAAUGUGUUGAUUGGACUGACUGUGGGGUCUGUUUUGGCUGGAAUAAUGUGGGUUAUUCCCGACAAGACAGCAGGAAGGCUGUGGGGAUUAUUCUCACUUGUCUGGUGGCUCGAAUGUCGACUGCCUUCCUUGCCACUGCUCGGGCUAAACUGACCAGAAAGGAAAGACUUUUCGUGGCCAUUGCCUGGUUCCCUAAGGCCUCUGUGCAGGCCUCGAUUGGAGCCUUAGCUCUGGAAAUGGUGGAGGCCACUCAGCCUUCUGGGUUGGAAUAUCGACACAACUUGGAAUAUGCAACACUGGUUGAGGCUGUCCUUCAUGUUCAGAUUCUCCACGUUUCUGUGAUUUGCAUUGUUUUGACAGCCCCACUGGGGGCAGUGUUGGUACAGAAGAGUGGGGUACGUCUACUCACACGAGGUCCCUACGAAGAAGGACGUUCCCCAACUUCUAAUUUAUAA